GCAGACUGGGGUGACAUGAGCCCACUAGGUGGAGUUUCCGAUGGCGUUGGCUUUCACUGCUUUCUAGCCCAGUUACAGCGGGGACGCCCUCAUCCCUGUGUGAGCGCCAGAGAGGUUACAGAGCCGGCGCUCGGCCCUGAGCCUUUCCCCGCACUCGGCAUAACAGUUCUUCGAUUGUGGAGAGAAAAAAGAAACAGGGUCAAAGCGAUGGAGUCCGAAAGCAUCGAGCUGAACGGCGAUCCGAGGAACGGCGGCAGAGCUGGGGAUGUGGGAGAGAAUCCGGCCAGGAGGCGAAGACAAUCCAUCAACUUCAAUCACUAUGCCAACAAGAAGAGUGCAGCAGAAAGCAUGCUGGAUAUUGCCUUGCUGAUGGCCAAUGCAUCCCAGCUCAAAGCAGUGAUCGAUCAAGGGCCUAACUUCAACUACUAUGUACCACUCAUCAUUCUUAUUAGCCUCUCACUUAUAUUUCAGUUAAUAGUGGGUAUCUUAUUGAUAUUCAUUGUCAAGUAUGAUCUGAAUGACCCUAACAAACAAGCCAAGCUGGACGUUCUCAACAAUAUCACCACAGGCCUCGUGUUCAUAAUUGUCAUUGUGAAUAUUUUCAUCACAGCUUUUGGUGUACAACGGCCUCCUUCUUACGAGACAGCUCCACAACAUCUUUAGCAACCCACAAAACAAGCUUGUCAUGGAACUUUCUGAGCUACAAAGGAAUCUCAAGAUCUCAUGCAUCAGUGGCACAGUUGCAAAAUUAACAAGAGAGCUUUUAAAAGGCAGGCCUUUUAAAAUACCUCUCUUAACAUGUGGCUGUCUGCACAGGGAAAUACAACUUACAUGUUUCCACUGAAUAAAGAGUCAUGCAUCAGUAUUUGAAGUGUACCUAGGGCAUUACAGUUUUGUAAAAUACAGCCUUUCUUUCUGCCAAUACAAUUGAUGAACAAUAUUGUGCAUAUCUGAAAUAAGUGACACUUCGAAAUUCAGCAAAAUAUGUUUUGUUGCAAAUAGUAAAUGUAAACAAGCACAUCUUUAAAAAUAGAUAUAUUAUUUUGAAAUUAGAGCUUAUAGAUACAAAGACAGUUAUGAAAUAGACCAGAAAUGCUUAAACAUGUUAUAACAACCAACCAGUUUAUGGAACAUUUCAGUAAUAACAACAGUAAACUUAGCAUCAGAUUGUAGGUGCAAGAUUGAGACAGUAAUAAUGGAAUGUUUGUAAACUUACCAAUAGGAGCAUGACCUUUGAAAAGUCCAGUUGGACGACCUGUAUACUUUUUGAACUUUUCUGCACGAUGUGAAACAUUUGAAAUGUUGUAUUUUAGAAUUGUAAGUCUUUAUUGAGAAUGGAAAAUAUUUUACUUUGUUUAGAGGAAUGUUGCUACAAUUGUACACUCUAUUUUUGAUUCCAAAGUGCUAAAAUGAUUUGUUAAUGUAGCUGUGCUUUUUGAUCAUGCUCGCUUGUGUACCUUUACAUAUCUCUAAAAUGCAACUGUAAAUCUUGGGAUUCCUCUAUCUAUUUUUCCAUUCCUCUCAUGAUGUUUUCUUUACAUUUAGUUCUCCGUUUUUUUCUUCCUCUGCACCACACCUUUAAUAUUUUAUUUCGCUCUCUUCCCCCAUUUUGAAUUCUUCCCUUUGUAUUUUUGCCUGUGUUUUGUCCAGG